AUGGCUUCCACAAAAAUUUCCAUCUUCUCAUUCAGUCUCAUUGUUCUAAUUUCUUUUUUUUGUUCUCGUUUAGCUCUAUCCCACUCAAAUACUGAAAAAUUAUCACCAUUUGCUUUCCUUGAACAUCUUCAAGGCAGCAAGAAGGGUGAUAAGAUCAAAGGCAUUCAUGAGCUUAAAAAGUAUCUCAAACAUUUUGGUUAUUUAAGUUGUGAAAACCAAUCUUUUGCUGAUGAUGAUGAAUUUGACGAUGUUUUGGAGUCUGCUCUUAAAGUGUAUCAACUCAAUUACCAUCUGAACACUACUGGAUUCUUAGAUUAUGAAACAAUGUCAAUUAUGAUGAUGCCUCGAUGUGGGAUACCGGACAUCAUCAACGGCAGCACUCGAAUGCUAUCUGGAAAGAACAACCAUCGCCAUAGCUCUAGCUCUUUUCACAUGGUUUCUCACUAUACCUUCUUUAGAGGGAAACCAAAAUGGCCAGUUUCAAAGUACAAUCUCACUUAUGGGUUUGAACCCAGUACCCCGACUGAGGCAAGGGGUGCUGUUGCGAAUGCUUUUGAAACGUGGGCUACUGUUACAAAAUUCAAAUUCACAAGCGUUCAAGAUUAUAAAACAGCAGAUCUAAAAAUUGGAUUUUACAGAGGUGAACAUGGAGAUGGGUUGCCUUUCGAUGGUCCUGGUGGAAUUACGGCUCAUGCUUUUGCACCACAAGAUGGAAGGUUUCAUUACGAUGCAGAUGAAAAAUAUGCAGUGGGGGCAGUACAAGGUGCAUUUGACUUGAAGACCGUGGCCUUGCAUGAAAUAGGGCACCUUCUGGGACUUCAACAUAGCUCCCUUCAAGCAGCUGUUAUGUAUGCAUAUACGUCUCGUGGAGUGACCAAAGAUCUAACCGCAGAUGAUGUUCAAGGCAUUAGAGCUUUGUAUAACUUCUGA